UCUUCUAGACGUCAGCGAAAAGGCGUUUUUUUGGUCACUUGGCUGAAACUGCAUGUGAGAGUGAGCUGGUGUCCCUGCCCUACAGGGGGAGAGGGGAGAAGGAUUUAGGCACAGGCAGGAGGCAGAGGAAGCAGAGCUUUUGGGGAAAGGAGAAGGGAGCGUGAGAGAAAGACAGACAGACAGAAGGAGGAUCUAAGUCCUGGGCAGGAGGUAUGGACAGAGAUUUGGGUCUGGACAAGUCAAUAGCCCUCAACGAAAUGCGGAUCCUAGAACCCACCGAGCUCCCACACGGAAGGAAGAACUUUAGCGUCAGUCACCUUCUGGAUCUGGAAGAAGCGGCGGCAGGGAUGCAAACAACUGCAGAUAUGGCAGCGCCAACGGAGGAUGAGGACAAGGAGCCAGCGUCUGGGGGAAGCAGUGACAGCGAAGUGACAAUACAUGAAGGUGGAAGCCCAAAUCCCAGCAGCAACAAAUCCUCCGGUAAGAAGAAGCAGAGGAGGAACCGAACCACCUUUAACAGCAGCCAACUGCAGGCUCUGGAAAGGGUCUUUGAGAGGACUCACUACCCUGAUGCCUUUGUACGGGAAGAUCUGGCGCGCAGGGUUAGUCUGAGCGAGGCCAGAGUACAGGUCUGGUUCCAAAACAGGCGAGCCAAGUUCCGUAGGAACGAGAGGGCCAUGCUUGCCAGUCGGUCGGCUACCCACCUGAAAUCAUACAGCCAGGACACAGGCGCGGAGCAGCAGGUAUCACCCCGAGCAAGCACCCUGACCCCUGAAUAUAUGCCCUGGAACUCCAACAGCAACUACAGCAAUGCCAGCUUGCCGCCUUAUAGCCCAACUACAACUGCCACCAGCACGGCGCCCACCCAAGGGGUCAAUAUGGCUGACAGCAUUGCCAGCCUACGACUGAAGGCCAAGGAGUUCAGCUUGCACCAGAGCCAAGUGUCCCCUGUAAACUAAGCCACAAGUGGACGAACAGACUAUUCCAAGGGCAGGCCGGGGUGCGCCGGCACAACACCUACACACCUGGGGGCAACAGAGGUUCAGAGACUGAGAGGGAGCCAAGUCCCUGGCAUAUGACCUGCCUGUCAUUAUGAACCACCCCCCCCCCCCUCCCCAGUAGAAGGGAAGAAGGAUGUUGUAUUCCCAGCAUUGCAGGUGGGGCGGUACCACAGCAAUUUGACAUUCGGGGUGGGAUGUGACUAAGCAGAUUAGUGGGGUGAUUCCAGAGGUGGUACAAUCUUUGUUAUGAAUUUCUGUAUAACCCAUUAUGGUCCUGGGCUCCUAUCCCUCUGCCCGCUCCCUAACGGUUGCCCAGCCCUAGGUACUCUGUAUAUAUAUAUAUGUACAUAGCUGCCAUCCCUUGUAAAUACAGGCCUUUUAUAUGGUACUUACUAUGGCAGAUGUAGCUUACCUUAGUUUAUUAUUGCCACAAUACUUCAGUGCCAGUCUUUAUCUGCCCUAUCCAACUCUGGUAAGACUGCAACUCCCAGCAUGCCCCACAAAGUGCAAUUCUGCACAGCCGGGAGGAGGGGGCAGUGCUUGCCUAUCCAUGAUAUAUAAUGGUUUUUGGGAAUAAAACCACUGAUGCUGGGCAAUGUGAGGGGGGAUUGAAGGGCAUUUUGUAUCUUUUACCGGAUAGACUUGUGCACAGGGCUGCUCUACCAGCGUGCAGGUAUAACAGUAAGCAGCCAUAUCUCCAACAGUAAAUCUGGAGUAUGGCCCAACUGGAAUGCCCAAACAGCAUUCUAUGUGUGUAACUGAGCCCUGUUUUAUUCCUUUAUAAUUACACUCACACAACAGAACCUGGAAAGGUAACGGUUAGAGUUGGUGCAUUAUGUUUGUCCAAAACCACAAGAGACUGUGGGACUGACUGUCUAUACAUUGGUAAGAUACAGAAAAAUACAUUGCAACAGUCCAGUAACUCAUAACCAAUAAAAGGUGUUUUCUUUGAGACAGGGGUCAGGAAAUGGUACCUGUAAUUGGUUGCCAUGGGUUACUAGGACUGCUUUGUUUCGUUUCCCUUCUCAUUCUGGAAAUGGCAGGAGUGUGCCAACUUGCCAGGGACAUAUAGACAACCACAUUUGUUCAAGGGGGACUGCAGCCAAGGUGAUUCUACCUGAGCACAAUCCCUGAUCUGUCUUGUUGUUUAUCUAUAUAAAACAAAAGAGACCUGAAUUAGAGACACAGACAGCUGUUGGAUCAAUAGCGUUCAGAAAAGUGAAGAGAACUACAACUACCAGCAGUAGCUCAACCAAGGUACGGUGUCCUGAGAUCUGCAGAAUCUGGAGAACAGAACCCCAAUUUUAAUACCUUGGCUACAAAGCAGCGCUUGGGCUGCAGUUACUCUUUCCUUCUAAUGCUAGUGUCGCCACCUAGUGUAAAAAUAGGAGCUUAGCAGUCACUGGAAAGUGGUGUGAAGGAGGGACUACACUGACAUUUUGUUCCCUUCGACAGUAUUACUUCACAGCACAAUACCCAAAAUUGUUUUUUGUUUUGUUUUUUUUGUUUUUUUUAAAUGGUCAUUUAUAUUAGACAGGACAUCUGUAAUAGGCCACGUGUGUAAGUAUUCACCCCCCCCCAUCCUGUGUAAAAUUGUGGCAGGACAUGCACCUUAUUGUUCCUGAGUUACCCCAGGGUUAAUUUGCCUUGGGUUCAUUGUGCUGCUGAGAGACCAACUUUCUCUUGUUUAUUCUGUAUUAUUCACCAGCCAUGCCCCCUCUAUUCUAACAAGAUGGUAAAUCCCUGCCAGGCACAGCAUGUUGCUACCACCACCCAACUUCUCUGUAUACAUGAGUCAGUCAUAUCCAGUGCUAUAACACUGACCUGUAUGUGAGAGUGGCAAGAAGAAGCCAUUACUGAGAAAGAACCACAUGAAACUAGUGUGACCGUGAGAGUGACCAAUCCGCAAACUCAGGACAUCAGUUAUGGUGUCUACUUGGCUACCUUCACGUACAGGUCAGUAUAAGAACACAGCACUUGAUAUGAUUGGGCAGAAGGGAGAAUGCCUGGUGCAUGAUGCAGGGGAAUAUGUAAGGAAAGCUGUUUCAGGGGGCUACACAAUGCAGUCUCUUAGCAGUACAAUGAUCCCCAAACCAAUGGCAAAGUAAAACUGGAGCAGCUCAAUCUGUUGGAAUGGGGGUGGUACAAGUGUCAUCUGACCAAUCCAAAUAUCCUGUGGCAAAGCUACUUGGCCAAAAUGACUCCCUAACAGCGUACAGAGCUAUGAGAGACUAUGAGGGUAUGGGCAGGGUGAAUAUUUAAGAUUUCCUAAUAUAAAACAAUGUCACAAUAAAAUACUAGUAGUGAUUUGUUUGAAAUACAAAUACCAGAGAGGACAAAGCUGGUCAGAGAACUGGCCAAGGGGCAAAUACACGACCUUGGCAAGCACUGCAGGGGCUUUCCCGGCCCCCUCACCCUCUCAGAGUCAGUAGGGGGCAGAACUAAGAAGACACACAGACAAACAGAAGCUGCUGAGAGAAAAGCUUUCCAAGAUAAAUGUGCUUGUACUUGAUGUUCCUCUGUGUUUGUUCCCAGCCUAGAGGCAUGGGAGGGGGCCAGACCCCGGCAGCACUAUUCAUGCCUGCGAGAGGGACGGGCAGUACUCGCUAUUCAUCCCUGUAUGUAUAAAUAUGCAACGCACUUGCCCUUGCGCAACCCCUAACAGCCACUUUAUAGAAAACGUAAACCCUUAAAACACAUGAAUGCUAAAAUGCAAUUUCAAUCAAUUAUUAAGAGUUUUUACAUUGCUAAAAGAAUUACUAUGAAACAAGAGCGCCACCUACUGUUCAUUUUGGCUGACUCCACACGGUAGGUAGAAAAUGAAGUUGUGUUGUUGCUUUCCAUGUGACAGUUUCUCUGGUUGAUUCUAAGCAGAAGCUCCCUCUAUGGGUACAAUUGGUACAUUCUUUUCUUUAGAGGGUUUACAUUUUCUUUAAGUGAAAUUAAAGGGGAACUCCACCCAAACACAGCUUAAGCUUUGUGAAAAGUAAACAUAAUUUCAAGCAACUUUGUAAUAUACAUUAAAAAUAUGCAGCCUUUUCAUGAUUUUUAAUGUAAUAACAUGGUUUGGAAUAGUUCCCAAAGCCCCGCCCCUUGUUCCCCUGCUGAUCAGACUACUUUAAAAAUGUCGCCUGUUCUCAGCCUGCAUCAUCCAAAUCCCACAAUUCCCUGCACGUGUGGAGAGGUUGUUACAAUUUGUAACAUCAGUGUUUUAGUCUCUCCUCCCGUGCCAGGAGUUCAAAUGAUGCAGAAAGAGAAGAACUGUUUUGCAGCUGGAUUUCAGCAUAUACAAAUGGUAUUUAUUCAUAAUUCUUGAAGGAACAGGUUACAGUGACAGGUAUAUUAGGGGUUUCUGUGUUGUGUGGGGCUCUUUAACAAAUUUUGAUUCAGAAGCCAGAGUUCCCCUUUAAGGGAAAUUAAGUAGCAUUAACUUUAUAAGAGGUACAUUCUCUUAUUGGGCAGUUGAAAAUGUAGGGAUUUUAUGAAAUGCUCUCUCCACAGAAACCACAUGUCCUUUAUGUGUAAUAUUCAGUAGUGACAAUAUAUGCGACUCCUCACUGUAACAGCCCAACCCAUCAAUGAUGCCAAAUAAAAGCUACACAAUCUA